GGUUGGCAUCCCUGCCGUGGCUGGCAGGCUAUUUACUUUUUGUCUUUGUCAUGAGGUUAGCACGUCUCUUCCUGGCUGCUGCGGGAGGUAUACUCCGCUGAUAAUUGAUCGCUCGGCACUGUUCGGUACUGAGGAAUUGCGCCUGGUCGUGUGGCCAGCCGUAGUCUGCAAUGUUUUCUUGCUGUGCGAGAAGUCUGGUCCGCUGUCGAGUGUUUUAUAGGACAUUUUAGCAGCGUUAAAGCUGAAGGCAGCCAGGAGCUGCUUCCUUCCCUGGUCUGAUUCAUUGACAGAAUUAUGCCAUGUCUGACCUGAGCAGGUGGUCAUAAAAAGCUCAGAACACAUUUACAAUGAAGGCAAAUCAAGGAGUCAUUGGUGAUGGCACUUACCCACAGUUUGUGAAAAUUGUGGAAGUUGGCCCCCGAGAUGGUCUUCAAAAUGAGCCAGUGAAGGUCCCUACCAAUGUGAAAGUUGAACUUAUAAAUCGUCUCGUUGCCGCAGGUUUGUGCACUGUGGAGGCCACAAGUUUUGUUUCUCCUAAAUGGGUUCCUCAGCUAGCUGAUGGCGCAGAGGUUUUGAGAAGCAUUGACCGUAAGCCUGGGAUCAGGUAUCCUGUUCUUGUGCCAAACUUGAAGGGUUUAAAUGCUGCGAUUAAUGCUGGUGCUGAAGAAAUUGCUGUUUUUGGAGCAGCAUCAGAAUCAUUUAGCCUUAAGAACAUAAACUGCUCAAUAGAUGAAAGCUUGUUACGCUUCUCAGAUGUAAUCAAAGAAGCUUUAAGCCAUGGCAUACGAGUUAGAGGAUAUGUAUCUUGUGUGCUUGGUUGUCCAUAUGAAGGUAAAAUUAAUCCUCACAAAGUUGCCAAGGUGGCCAGUGCUAUGAUUGAUAUGGGAUGUUAUGAAAUUUCACUUGGUGAUACUAUUGGCGUGGGCACUCCAGGUGAAAUGGACACCAUGCUAACUGAAGUGACGAGGCUUAUUCCUGUAUCCAAUCUUGCAGUUCACUGCCACAACACAUAUGGCCAAGCAUUGGCCAAUAUCUUAAUGGCUUUGCAGCAUGGUGUGUCAGUUGUAGAUUCCUCUGUUGCUGGUUUAGGAGGAUGUCCUUAUGCCAAAGGAGCCUCAGGCAAUGUGGCCACAGAGGAUGUUGUUUACAUGUUACACGGCAUGGGCAUUGAAACUGGUGUUGAUUUGGAAAAACUCAUAGAAGUAGGAAAUUAUAUCUCCACAUUUUUGAAUAGACCCACUGCCUCCAAGGUGGCAUGUGCCUUGAGCAAACUCUGAGACAGGCCUGUCUCACCAAGCAAAUCUGGUGAGACAGCCCUCCCCAAAGUAGCUGUGGCAUCUGCCAACUGCGGUUUGGAUGAAGAUGCUUUAUCCGUUAAAACUCUGUUAAAAAGCGGCUGUGAUGUCUUUUCGUUAACAGAAGAGAUAGAAAAAGAAUCUAAUCAGGUCAUCAAAUCUCCAGAUGUGGCACAAGAGGGUCUAAUUGGUGGUGGCGAUGAUAGUCAUAUCAACCAAACUAGAGAUCCCCUUUAUCCACCAAGAUGGUCACUCUCUCAGUGUCGAGAUGUGGGCUGUUGUGUUGCAUAAUUGUCAUUUAUUUCCUUGGUUUUACUUGGAAGGGUGGGGUAAGUCAACAUUCCUUGUUAUGGGCUGUGUAUUUUGUAUGUUCUGUGAGCUACAUGGUUAUGUGUUCUUAAUUUAUUUUUUUGCUAGGCUAUGGAAUUGUUAAAUUAUUGUAUGGUUUGUUUUACUUUGUUAGUGGUAUAUUUAAUUAAAUAUUGACCAAGGC